UUCAGCAAUAUACCUGACUGCUGUUGGUUCUGGACAGUGCAUAGUGGUUUCAAAUAACAAACCUUUAUGGAAGGCUUUUGGUCUGGUGUAGUAUCAUUUUAUAGCUCUGAUGAUGCAGAAUGACAAAAUGAAAGAUUCUGCAAAACCUUUGAUUAUUUAUUCAUGAAAGACACUAGUUUACUUCAGUAAGUGUAAAUCUAAGAGAGAAUGCCAGCAAUGCAACUCCAGUUACAGUUCGACACGGAACCAAGAGCAGUAGUGCGACUCCUUUAAGAAGCCGCUUUAAUAAACAAUGAACAUCUCAUAUUGACAGCAUGACAUCACCGCUGUUUUUCCCAGACAGAGGCAACAUGCACGGAGGAUGUUGGGACCAUAUUGUCCGAGGAGGAUGCACCAUCCGCCAAAUGUUCUAAUAUCGAUACACUCAUUUAAACGUGAAGCUUUUGAGAUGCGGCGUCGUUGAACGGGUUGAUAUUUGUCCUGCGCAAAGCAUUUAUAGCUUAAAUGUGUGUCGCUGUUAAAUAGGAUUUAUUUGGCAGUGCAUAUCCUGUACAGCGUAUCAUACAGUGACUGCAAACGGAAAAUGGGCUGGAGAUGCAUUAUUGGAGUGGAGUGAACCCGUUUUGUCAGCUUUAAUUGGGGAGCUCUCCAAGCUGUUGUGGUGCUGACGCGGCUCUGAGCGAACGCGAGCAUGGCUGCUGGGAAGUUGCUGCUCUACGCCGGUCUGUCUCUGUCCCUCUGCGCGCUCGGGAUGCUGGCCGUGGCUAUCUGCUCCGACCACUGGUACGAGACGGACGCCCGGAGGUACCGAGAGAGGUGCCGAAGUUUCUCCAGCCGCCGGAAGGACCCGGGCUUUAUUUACAUCCCCAACAACAGCCUCCCUCUGCGGGCGAGCCGCUCGCGCCUGGACCGCUGGGAGGAAAAGCUGCUGCUGGCGCGGAACAGACGGCAGCUGUUCGCCAUGAGCGCCGCCGAUGAGUGCAGCAGGCAGUAUAACUCCACCAACAUGGGGCUGUGGAGCAAAUGCCAUCGGCUUGGAUUUGAUCAAGAUAUCGAGGACCUCAUUCGAAAAGGGUCCAUUGCAAGAUGCUCCUAUAUCAAGUACCACUACUCCUCAGCCACAAUACCCAAGAAUCUCUCUUACAACAUCACCAAGACUAUACGUCAGGAUGAAUGGCACUCUCUGCAUCUGCGGAGGAUGACUGCAGGAUUUAUGGGAAUGGCGGUGGCCAUCAUCCUCUUCGGCUGGAUAAUUGGGAUGCUGGGGUGCUGUUGGGACCGUGGCCUCAUGCAGUAUGUGGCAGGCCUACUCUUCCUCAUGGGCGGCACAUUUUGCAUCAUUUCCUUGUGUACCUGUGUAGCAGGCAUCAACUUCGAGCUGUCCCGUUACCCUCGUUACAUAUACGGCCUCCCAGACGACAUCAGUCACGGUUACGGCUGGUCAAUGUUCUGCGCCUGGGGCGGUUUGGGCCUGUCCCUCAUCGCCGGCUUCUUCUGCACGCUGGCGCCCUCUGUACAGCCGAUCCCUCGCUCCACGUGCCCCAAAUCCCGCCAAGAAAACGGCACCGUGUGUUAAGAGACGGCCUCGGAAAAAUCCCCGAGCUGGACAAUGGGGGGACAAAUCGCAUCAAAAAAGACCAUAACUGAAGAUUUAAAAUCAUAAAUCCAUUUAGAAUCAUUUCUAAUCUCACCAACCAGGCCACAAAUGCCAUUUUUUUAACCACGUGUGUGAAUUUACAACUGAGUGUCCUGAUCGUUUAAAAGAAAUUAAAAAUACCAUGACUAAUUGUAAAGAUAAUAUAUCGGUGGGCCUUUCCGUCGUCAAGAUCCUGCACAGAAAAAGUUUGUUCUGUCAAUGUUGUGACUUUAGUGAGCACAAGAAAACGGUGACAAAUGAAGUGAAGAAAAAAAAAAAAAAAAACAGACAAUAUUGCUCAUUCUGAUGCGGAACGGAUGGAUAUUGACAUGUAGACUGAUGCCUAAAAACUGCCAAACCUGGAGACUAUGGUAUUUGUAUCUGGACGGCACCAUGUUCAAGUAUGGAGGUCCAGUGCCAAUGUUUCAAGCCCAGGAGCUCGGACAAAUCAGGAGCGCCAGGACUCUUUCGCAUGAGAGGACAAUGAAUUUGAUGCGAUUUGCGAUUAAAUCCGCCGAUUUGUCUCGGGCCCUGGAGACUAUCACAAUGCCUCUUGGGAAGUGGCUAUAAAGGAUCUGCUCGUGAAUAAACGAGCAUCUCUGGAAGAUUUCAGGAAUUGGAGAUGCCUGCUCGUGACGUUAUAUUGCUCUUGCUGUACAGCAAAUUGUAAAGAGAAAAAUAAUACCUAUAAUAUUCCAGAAGAGAAAAAAUAAUCUGAACGGGAGGGACAUU